AUGGUCGUAGCUUAUUUGCCCCAGACCGAGCUUGAGGGCGAUCAUACAUACCUUGAGCCUGCUAUACCUCCAUUCGCGGGUCGUUUGGGUGGUAAUCAGGACUUCAUCGUCGACCGGAAUGACCCCAAGAAUGUCAAUGUCUUGGAAAGAGUACCCGAUGCUGCACCGUGCAUGACAUUGGCCGAGAUCUUCGACUUACGGGGAUUUCUUAGUGCAGAUCUAUGGAAGUUCGCCAUGCUGGAAUGUAUCGCGAGCUUAAUGAACGUCUUUAUCUCGUCCUGGGUGACUACCCACCCACUGUCAAAGACGACUUCGCCGCAGACCGAGGCCGGUGUCUACCAUACAGUCACUUUCUUCUCCCCACUGUUCGGCGGCAUCACCAAUCUCCUUCUGACUCCGCUGUUGAUCUACACCUUUUCUCCCUCGAGUGGAGGCCACAUUAGCCCGACAAUUACGCUAGCCACUUUCUUUGCGCGUAUCAUUUCCUUUCCGCGAAUGAUCCUAUACCUAGCUGGCCAGACUCUCGGUGGUGCAUUGGCUGGCCUUCUGCUGAACAGUGCCUACGGCACUCGGGAAUUCACCGUUGGAGGAUGUCACAUUGAUACUUCCAUGGUCCCCGCCACGGAUGGCCUAGUCAUCGAGUUUGUGGCCUGUUUGAUCUUGAUCUUCCUGGCCUUUGGUGUUGCGCUGGACCCGCGACAAGCCAAGGUCUUCGGCCCGGCCACUGGUCCCUGGUUUGUCGGCGUGGUCCUUGGGAUAGUGAGCUGGGGAACCGCUUUCACUCGCGAGGGAUACAUUGGUGCGAGUCUUAAUCCCGCACGGUGCUUCGGAGCGUAUGUGGCGUCGGAGUUUCCCACCUAUCAUUGGAUUCACUGGGUUGGGCCACUGGCGGCUUCUAUCGGGCACGGGCUGGUUUACUACAUUGACCCACUUUGGACCGAGUCGCGGAGCUCGCCGUAG